UCCUUCCUCAGUGCUGGUCCUGCAUAUAUGCUGAGGAACGUCAUCACCACUAACAUUGUCCUCCAGAAACCUCGCCGUCUGAAUCCACCGGGUAGCUUCUCUUCGCCGGAUCUCUGUAAAGCUCCCUUCUUCCAUCUACUCACCCAGCCUCCAAUCCUUCUUCUCCAGAUGCUGUUGGAUUUGGAUUCAUCAUCCUUGGAAUAUGCAUCAUUUCCUUUGUUUUUUUGGGUAGACUAUCUAUAUUAUCUUUUGGUAUACGCUUAA